CGGUACUGCUACCCACGCGCCAUUUUUAUCAAGCAGACAAAGCGUGAACAGUCAGCACCAUGGGGUCGAAAGAAGCUGAUCGUCCGGGCAAGAUUUUUGUGGGAGGCUUGCCUGAUGUGUAUGGAGAACAAGAACUUGAGAAAGCUUUUGCAAGAUUUGGAAAAAUAACUGAAGUACUACUUAUUAAAGACAGACAGACAUCAAAGUCCCGUGGUUAUGGAUUUGUGACAUUUGAGAAUCCACAAGAUGGAAUUGAUGCUGUUAAACUUAUGGAUGGAAAGACAUUGGAAGGAAAGACGAUCAAAUGUGAACAGGCCAACAAACCGUCUGAGGGCCCCAGGGGACGCGGGGGGAUGUCUGAGCGGGGGAUGAGACCUCUGAGAGGGCGUGGUGGACCCCCUAGGGGAGGAUUUGCUGGCAGUCGUGACGGCUACAGUAAUGGCGGAGGAGGAGGUUUCCGAGGACGAGGUGGACCCCCAGGACGAGGGAUAGGGCGUGGACGGCGGGGAGGCCCUUUUUCCGAUAGUGGUGGACGCUCCUUUGAACGAGACGGUGGAGGAUUUGGUCGAGACGGUGCAGGGUUUGCGAGAGAGGGCGAUACCUUUGGACAAGAGCGUGCUUCGUUUGGGAGAGAAAGGACGGCUUUUGGAAGAGAGAGUCAUGGCACCAGCGGAGGGCGCAGAGGAGGUUAUUCCCGUGUAAGUCAAGAGGAGCUGUAUGGCGAGGUGGACAGUUAUGGUGGAGAGGCACACAGGGGGACGUACGACACUUAUGUUAGUGAGAGCCAGACCAGACCUAGAGCGCCGCCUCCACAGGCCAGAGAGUACUCCUCCAGGGAGCAGAGAGACUAUGGCAGAGGAAUCCAGGAUCUGGACUACAAGGCACAGGACUAUGGUCGGGGAGCAAGGACCGCCAUCCCCAGGGACGACUACUCCAGGGAGGAGUACCCCACGAGUAGGCGUGACUACCCAGCUACAAGGAGAGGCGAGCCUCAACCCAGAGGAAGAGAGAUGUUGCCACCGUCAGCUCGGGAAUACUCAGAACAAGGACGCGAAUAUGAACAGAGCAGCCGUGACUUUUCUUCAAUCCGUGCAAGAGGGGUCAUCCCGAGCUCUCGUGAUUAUGACGUCGCUGGUGGAGAGUACGUGGAGGCGCAUGUGGAAGAUUACGAGGCUGCCCCACCUGCUAGAGGGUACAGAGCCGCCAGGGAGUAUGAGAAUGGAAGCUCAAGGGAAUAUGGGGCCAGUGCCAGGGAGUAUGCAUCUUCCAGAGACCAAUAUGGAGAACGGAAAGCUCUCAUGCAGGCUCCUCGCGCACGCCCAUCUCUAGACGGUUACGGAAGGAGCAGUUAUGAUAAAGAAGAUGAAUACGAAAGCUAUGAUUCUGGUUCCUCAAGGCCAGCUUUUCAGACCAGAGACCCCUACAGCUCAGGGAAUGGGGCCCCUUCAAGGGGGCCAGGGUCAUCCAGAGACCCCAUGUCCCGCGGACCACCCCCGUCUUCAUCCCUGGGGCGCCCCACCAGGGGUCCCUCCUCAAGAGGUCCUCCCACUAGAGGUCCCCCUUCACGAGGCCCCCCAGAAAGAGAAGGGGGGCUCUCUUCCAGGGAUUAUUUGCAGGGGGUGGCCCCCAGAAGAUCCUCAGCAUUCGGUGAUGGACCCCCAGCAAAGAGAGGCAGAAUAGAAGGUGGGCACCCCAGUCGUGGGGGGUUACGUGGUGCCAGUAGGGGUGUCCCCUCUAGAGGGGGUGCCCCCAGAGGCCGAGGGGGUUUCGGCCGCGGUGGAGGCUUAAUGAGGCAUUAACUAUGGCACUAUGAGGUGAAAGACUUGAGUUGGAGUUUGUUGUCCACUGAUGUUUCUACAGCUGAGAGAAAAAUUAACACUUCCUGGAAUGAAAACUGCUACAAAAAAACAACACUUGAAAGAAAUGAAAAUCUUAUCAAAGAUUUUAAAAAAAAACACUGAAAAGUUCAUUGUUAUUGUUGUAAAACUUCAAAAAGAAAGCCAGUUGUUGAAGAAGCAGAGCAGUAGAUAUACACAUUCUGAAAUUUGAAGUAGAGGCUUUUAGCCACAGGAGGCUUGCCUUUGGAUAUACCCAGAUGAUGUAUAACACUUUCUAGUUUUUGUUUUUUUUUAUAUGUGUUGUUUUUAAAUAUGUCACCACAGGGUACAAUAUUUCAUAACAUAAGUGUUUAAUUGAUGUUCUGAUGAUCAACUAGCAAAUUCUCAGUCUCAGUUUUUUUUUUUUUUUUUUUUCUCUGGACUGAGCCCCAGAAUAUCAAGGUGCCAAGAUUGAAAGGUUAUUGUGUUUAAGAUCCACAGCAUAAAUCUGAUAAGUGAUGGUCUCAUGUAUGUACCUCAUCAGUCAUGGACACUUAACAGUGAUCAAAUCAGCUUAAACAAUGGAUAUUUCAACGUCAUUGUCGCACAUGGAAGAGUACAAAUUUUCACAACAUUGCAAGGGAAGCAAAAUGGCACUUGUCUCUAUCUUAAAAAGGAUAUUGAAUUUAUAACCAAACAAUUCACCAGAACAGUGAAUAUGUUUCAAGAAAAUUUUUCCCAAUAUGUUUUUUAAGGUCAUUGAUGAUUAUGGCCAUAGAGAGCAGCCCAGCAUAUAAUAACUUGCUUCAAUUUCAUUGGAUGUUUUGUUCCAGCCCAGCAUUAAAAUUUUGCUUUAAUUUCAUUGGAUGUUGGUGCCAAUUCCUACCAUUGUUCCAGGUUUGGGUCAAUAACCAGCCUGUUGUUAACAGUUUUAUACAGCUAGUCAUAUUAGAACACUUACAGAGAAGACUUCAAUAAACUCAAGCAGAGAUGUUUUUAUAACUUGAAACAAAAGAUUUUAUCAAACGCAAUUUUGUUUUCUUUUACCCUCAGUGUAUGGGUGAAAGUUUUUUGUACAGAAUGACUGCAACUUUUCUUGCUUUUUUGUAUUGAAUAUAUUUUCCAGGAUAUUGUGUAAUAAAUGACCGUUAUCACCAUGACAUGACUGAAUUAUGAUUGCAUACUUGACUGCAAUUCUCAGUAUGUUGUAAUGAUUGCAGCUGCCCACAAUCUGCAUAUAAAGAUAAAGAUAGCAGUUAACUAGAAACCACAUUACCAUUGUCAACAAAAUUAUAAUUCUGCAAAGAUUUUUUUUUUCUAAUCUUGUCACUACUAGUAAUUAAAUUAUUUACUGUUCACUUGCCAUGUUCCCAAAGUAAGAAGAUAAAUGGUUUUUGUGUAGGUUGUUUUUGAAAAAAAAAAAAAA